UCAACACUUCUUCCCUUUCUUAUAGUCUCUUUCCAUACAUUCACCACUGAGCACAAACAACCUCUGCUCUAACUCACAAUGGUGGAGGGCUUUCCCUUUCAGGUGUCACAGUGAGCACCAUGGUGGAUCUGCAGAAGACAAUAGUUGGAGGUGACACGUGUGGACCAAUUGAGCGUUGGUACCACGUGAAAUUGACUGCAGUUCAGGGCAACACCGGGUCGCUCUGUGGUGGUUCUCUGAUCAGUGACCGCUGGAUUCUGACUGCGGCUCACUGCUGGGAGCAGGGACGGACAAUAAGAGCAGUUCUAGGUGUGCAUCCAGGUCCUGGACAAACAGUGCAAAUCACAGCACCACCCGUGAUCUAUACUGACAGCAGCAACAACGGUGUCAGUCAUGACAUCAUGCUGCUGAAGCUACCUAACCUUGCUCAGAUUCAACCUGUACCACUUCCUGAUUGUCAAAAUCCUCCCAAAGAGUGAGUUGUGAUCUUUCCCCUUUUAAUAAGUCUGACAGCUCAGCUGUUGGGGACCUGGAAAUGAAAAAAUCCUGUCGAUUUUUUUCAUACAUCUUUAAAAAGUUUCAUUUUACUGUGUUUCAGAAGUGAUGCAGUUCAGAUUGCAGGUUAUGGAGCAAAUACUGCAGGCCCUAAUAAAAAAUGUGAGAUGAAUCAUGUUUAGUUUAUGAUUGCAAGUAGUAUUGCAAGAUUGCCAGUGUUUUUAUUUUAUCAUUACUGACACAUAAGCCCCGUUUCCACUGAGCAGUGGUACAGUUCAGUUUAGUCCAGUAAGCUUUUUUUCUGUUUCCACUGCAAAAUGUUGUGUAUGGUAGGCUACUCACUGAAACCGUUCUGUAUGGGGCCAUUAUAGCAGCAAAAUAGCUGCAAAUGCGUAUUUCAAUCUGUGUGUGCGUAAUCAGAUUUGUACAUGUAUAAAAUAAUUUGUAAAAGCGUAAUAAAGUUUGUGAAUACGUACA